UAAUUCUCGGUAAAAUAUUUGCGUGUGGCCUUUUCACGUCACCUGAAGUGUUUGUUGUCGCAUUCUUGCGAUGUGAAAUAGAUAACACUCAGAAGAAUGAGGAUCCUGGACAGAAACUUUGGUUGACAUAUUUGCAGUUUGAGAUCUUUGAGCUAAAUCUAAUGAGUUUGGGUUUAUGGACUCAUUCCUUAAUAAUUGACCAACAUCUCUGAUAGAAUUCAGUACAUUUAUUUGUAGAGCUUUUUUAACGAUCCUAAAGCAGUUUAAAAGAUAAAGAUGUUAUUGAGUUGGACUGUAGAAGUUUAGUGCCUAUAGGUUUAUCUCUAAUGAGUGAUCCAGUGGUGACUGUGGUGAAUGAUAAACUCUCUGAGAUGGCCUGAGGAAGAAACCUUCAGAGGAACCUGAUUGAAAAGGUGACCCAUCCACAUCAACACCGAAUGUCCAUUGAUUACAGUUCCGUGAUUGUUCAGGUGAUGGACGCUUCAAUGCAGAACUGUGUUUUUGUGUUCCUGAUGAUUCCAUAACGAUUCGUUGACAUCUUUACAACUUUAGCUUCAUUAGCGAGGUUAAAUAAAACUUCUCCAGUUUUUUUCCUCAGCGGUAUCAGAAUAUUACUUAGCUUUGACCUCAACUUCGAUGCCAUCGUGGACUUAAAGCUUAAAACUGUUGAAAGUUCUGUCGUCAGUGAACUUUUUUAUGUGCAGAAUCCACACUGAGCUCUAAACUGCAUUAAAUCAAUUAUUUUAUUAAGAGUGACUUAUCUGACUUUACUCCAUGAGGAAAGUUCUGUUUUUUGGACAGGAUUUCGGGUUCACUUCUGUUCAUUUAUGUUGUUUAUUCAGUACCACGUGGUUCUGGUGCCUCCUGAGAAGGUUUGAAGUCUGAGGGGAAAUAAAUCAGCUCAAGACUGUAGCGCGCGCAGGGGCAGGGCAGAACUGUUACCAUGGCAACGCACAACCCGAAGCGGCUCGCGUGCGGUUUUUCUUUCUCCCCUCAGUCACUUCCGUAGCAGCGUUAGCAUGUCCGCUCUGAAUGAUCUUUAUUCCGCCAUCUGCUCUGAACUUCACCUGACUCCCAACACUUACAUCUCUCAAGGGUUGAAGGACACGGGAGAAUGCGGCAGAGAUUUUUCUCUCAGUCUGAAGGGAAACAGCCGACAGGUGAUCAGAUUAACAGAUGAAGACGUUAAAGCCGUUUCUAAAACACUACGGAAUCAUUUACACGUGAAAGCUUUAGAUCUGAGGUACAACAGGAUCUCAGAUGAAGGGGCAGUCCAUCUUGCUGAUCUCCUCCAGGAGAACGUGGCUCUGCAGGAGCUCGAUCUGAUGGGCAACAACAUUGGAGCUGAAGGUGCAGAGCAGAUUGCCAGAAGUUUGCAUCACAACACAAGCCUGAAGAAAUUGAGAAUGACAGGAAAUAAGAUUCAGAAGAAAGGCGCUCUGCACUUCGCCAGCAUGCUGCAAAUCAACAGCACGUUAGAAGAUCUGGAUGUUUCAGACUGUGACCUGGACACACAGAGUCUGAUCACAUUUGCGAUCGCACUCUCAAACAGCAGCAGCCUGGUCUCCAUCAACGUCAGUCGUCCCCUCCUCUUCAGCCUGCAGGAGGAGACGACAUGCCACAUGGCACGCAUGCUCAAGGUCAAUCACAGUCUGAGGGAGCUUCACAUGGGUAAACACAACAUGACCGACUCCGGGGUUCAGAGACUGUGUGAGGCGUUAAUAUCCAAUCACAGCCUGCAUUACCUGGACCUGCGCUGCAACAAAAUAACGCGAGACGGUGCGAGACAUCUGGCUGGACUCCUGAGACAAAACGGCACGCUGCAGAUUCUGGACCUGUCUUUCAAUCGGAUCGAGAACGAAGGCACUGUAUGUCUGAGUGAAGCCAUCGCGAUGAAACACACCAAACUCAGCACUCUCUCCAUCCAGAGUAACAACGUGUCCACCGUCGGCCUGCUGUCCCUCAGCCAAGCGAUCACUGCAAAUCCUCACCUCACACACGUUUACAUCUGGGGGAACAGACUGGAGGAGCCGGUGUGUGUGGCUUUCUCUCAGCUCAUCUCCUCGAACCGUGUGUCUGCGCAGAACACAGACGUGACUCCAUACACAGUGGACGGACAUGUUCACCUGGCCCAGGUGUCCAACGGGUUACAGCUCCAUUAUUACUGAACCCCAAGCUACAGUCAGGAUGGAGGCACUGGGAGUAACACCGCUCUGACUCUAAACAAACCCCACCAGCUCAAACUCCAGCCCUACUGAUCUCAAACACACCCCACCAGCUCAAACUCCAGCCCUACUGAUCUCAAACACACCCCACCAGCUCAAACUCAUCCCCCCCCCCUACUGAUCUCAAACACACCCCACCAGCUCAAACUCAUCCCCCUACUGAUCUCAAACACACCCCACCAGCUCAAACUCAUCCCCCUACUGAU